GAAGCGUAGAAUGCCGUCUCAAGUUUGUGGUGUGUGGAAUGCGUUGAAGAGAACUGUGCCAAAUACUUGUUUCUUAUCUGUUUUUGUUCUUAAGAGUUGUUGUUAUUUUACUGACAAAAGAAAAGUUGGAUUGAGAGCUCAUAAAAGUUUCUUUUGCACUUGUUUGAAACGAGUUGGGUCUCCUUCAUACUUUAUUGUAACCAAUCAACCUCCUCGAAGAAAACUCUCUUUGCAGCCUAGUCGAUGUGUUAUGUUAGCUUCGGAAAUUGAAGCAAAUACUCCUGUUGCUUUGUUAUUAACUACACUUGCAGGAAUAUCUACUGGUAUAGGAGGUAUUUUAGUAGUAUUACAGUCGAGCUUAUCUUAUCCUAAGUUGGGAAUAUGGCAAGGAGCAGCUGCAGGUUUUAUGUUGAGUGUGAGUGCUUUUGAUUUACUACCAGAAGCUUUGGAGGAAGUCUCUGCGGCUCACGUAUUGUUUUCUUUUAUUACUGGAGCUCUCUUUUUCAUUCUUUUAAAAGUGUUGAUUCCAGAACCUGAUUUGUCUCAAGUACCAGAAAUCGAAGGUACUGCAGCAGAUAAACAAAACCUUAAACAAGUAUUGCUUUCAGGUUUUCUAGUUGCGAUGGGUAUUGCUAUUCAUAACUUUCCUGAAGGAAUAGCCGUUUGUUUUGCGAGUUUAAAAGGAAUUCGUUUUGGAGUUCCUUUAGCUAUAGCUAUUGGAUUGCAUAAUAUUCCUGAAGGUAUGGCAGUUGCUUUGCCAGUAUACUUUGCUACUCGAAGUAAAUACAAAGCUAUUCAAAUAGCUUUUCUAUCAGGUCUUGCAGAACCUGCAGGAGUUGUUCUCGUUGUCUUCUUUGCCAAAUACUUUUUGACAGAAACUUUUGUUGCUUAUUUAUUAGCAGCAUAUCGUUGAAUUGGUUCCUCAGGCAUGGAAGUAUGCA